UGGCUUUGUUUUUUUACAUUUUAUGAUAUGAAUUUUUCACUAAUUAUUUUAACAUUAUCUUUAAUUCAACACAAUAAUUCCUCGAAAAUAAAACAAAAUGAUUACUUAAAUUAUUUAAAUGUAGUAGUAGAUCAUAUAUGUACUCAAAAUGGAUGGCAGUCUAUGGAAAACUUAUACUUAAACAUUGAUCCGAUGGGAAAUAUAAAUGUUCCAGAUUUAAUGGCACUAAAAUUCGACAGAGAUAAUUUGCUUACUACCUUCUAUAUUAUUGUUCAUAUUUUAAACUACAGUUAUAAUGAAGUACUUUUAGUAUUCGUUAAAUUGUUAAAUAUUAUUGUUGAUGUAUGUAAACACUUUUUGGACGCCGAAUUAUUAGAAAAUUUUUCUAAUUGUACUAAAGUACUCGAAAAAUCAGUAAAAGAUUCAUUGACAAUGUUUGAGAAUUUAUAUAAUGCUAUUACAUUCAUUACAUAUAUAGACCUAAACUUGAAAAAUCUAAAAGUUGAUGUGUUACAAAAUUAUCUGUUCACAACAGAUGACGACAUUUAUCAGAUAAAAAACCACAAUUUUUUUAAAAACGUACGAGACGAGAAUUCUUAUGAUUAUCAUCAAGUAUUUCUUGAGGUUAGUGAUUUCAUUGUUAAUAUAUCUAAAAUUGCAAAUAAUUUUUUUGAGAAAUAUAAAUUUAUUCAAAAUAUUUAUGAGAAUGCAGAUUUUAAAACUACAUGUGAAAUAGAAUAUUCAUCACACACCAUAUAUUCUCUGGAAUUUAUUUCAUUCAUGUAUCAAAAGGUCAUUUCGUUUUACACUAAAACCAUACAGAAUAAUUACGAGGAUCUUGGAUUUAUUCAGUUAAUAAAUCCAAAAAUUAAAAAAUUUAAACCUCCUACAGAUGAAACUCUUGAAAAAAAAGUAGCUAUCAAGUCACUCAAUACUUUACUUAAUGGAGGUUGUUGGAGUUCAUUUAACCACAUAGAAAUAGAAUAUGACGAUAUGAAAAUAAAUGCUUCACGUGUUUUCAGAGACACGGUCACAGAUCAUAAUUUUGAUCUUAAAAAAAAUUACUUCGCACUAAUGGUGAGAUGCAGAUUUUUUGAAGUGCUUCUAUUUUACAAUUCAACAUUAUCUGUCUUAAAAGAAAUGUGUGAAAUUAAAAAAUUUAAAUUAAACCAAAUUAACUAUGUGGAAUGUGUAACAUGUCUUUUUGGCGUAAUUAAUAAUACGGUGAAAAUGUUUGAUUUCAUGCUGACAAUUUUAAAAAAAAUGAACCUAUCAGCAAUUUGGCCUACUAUUGUAUCGUAUUCUAAUCUAAUAUCAACUUAUAAUAUGAUAUAUAACUAUGUUAUUAAUCUUAAAACUUAUAAAGUAGUACGAGGUUUGUUUGUAAAUAAACCUGGAGUACUUAUUGAAAAAUUAGCUGAUGAUUACGUUAAAUAUUUUACAAUAGCAAGGUAUGACUUUAGAAGAUUGCUACAGGAUUUUAAAACUCCAAGAAAAAAUCACUGUUAUUCAGAAGGCUUAAUUAUGACCAAGGAAUAUCUGAAAAAUAAAUUUAAAAAUACUGCAUCUUUUAUUAAUGAAACAUUGUCAUGUGAUACUAAUGUCUCCAAUUAUGAACGAAUUUCAAAAUAUUUAAAUGACUUCUGUGAACAUUUUAUUAAAACUGAUUACAUAGAUACGGGAAUUUAUAAAAUACAUAAAAAUUAUUUUUGGAAAUGGGAAUAAUCCGAUUUUGUUAAUCGAAGUAAAAUGUAAUAUUUAAGUGAUCGAAGUACAUGUUUUAUGUUUAAUUUCUAGUAUAUGAAAGAGGACCUCUUCUAUCAUAAUAAGCUUAAUGUAAUAUGAAUUAAAUUCUUUAAAAUGCGCAAUAUCAAUAAAUUGAUAUAUUUUUAACUAUUA